GACUUGGUAAAUAUUGAGAUGUUUUUGACUGCUAAAGAAGUGGAAGAGUCAUUGGAAAGACAAGAGACUAUGACUUGCUUGGCUUGGUGUCAUGAUAACAAAUCCAGGCUCAGAAAAAUGAAGGGGCGCCAAAAUGAGAACGAACCGAAGAUGGGACGCAAAAGUAAAUCAGCCAGUGAUUACUCUAAAGAAAAUGAUGAUCUUGUUGUGGAAACCAUUAAAGGAAAACCAGAAUUGAGCUGUCUGGAAUUCAGCCUAAGGAUUCAGGAGUUCAUUGAACUCAUUCGACAGAACAAGAGACUGGAUGCUGUGAGACAUGCAAGAAAGCAUUUCAGUCAGGCUGAGGGAAGCCAGCUGGAUGAGGUUCGACAAGUGAUGGGAAUGUUGGCCUUUCCUUCAGACACUCAUAUCUCGCCCUAUAAGGAUCUCUUGGACCCUGCUCGAUGGAGAAUGCUGAUCCAACAGUUUAGAUAUGAUAACUACAGACUACAUCAGCUGGGAAACAAUUCUGUUUUUACUAUAACACUCCAGGCAGGCCUUUCAGCUAUAAAAACACCACAGUGUUACAAAGAGGAUGGGAGCUCAAAAAACCCAGACUGCCCUGUGUGUAGCAAAUCCCUGAACAAGCUGGCUCAGCCUCUGCCUAUGGCACAUUGUGCCAACUCCCGACUAGUCUGCAAGAUUUCGGGGGAUGUAAUGAACGAAAAUAAUCCUCCUAUGAUGUUACCAAAUGGAUAUGUCUAUGGAUACAAUGUAAGUGUUGAAAUCGAGGACAUACUGAAGUCUAAAACAGCCCUGGUUUUUACAGCUUUCCCUAUCAAGAUAAGAGCUUACAGACCCGGUCAGAAACCUAGACCUAUCUUCUAUAUUAACAGAAGAAAA